UUGGCCGACGGCGGGCAGCCACUCCCCCCCGCGGAGCUCCCCCCCCGGGCCCGGGGGGCCGCGGCCCGGCCCUCCCGCCCGGCCGGACAGCCGGACACUCUGCGGGGCGGCCAGAGGGAGACGGACGGCGGCCGGAGACGUCACGGCUACUCGGCUAGCGGGAAGGCAGCACAGGGGCGGUGGGACCGGGAGACUCUGGAGCACACGGGGGUUCACACCGAGAACCGACCAAACAUGCACCGAAUAACGGGCAGAACGGGAGGGGACAGCCUGAUAGAGAUGAGCCCGUCCGAGUCCUUCACCGAUGAAAUGAAUGGGUAUCACCAACAUGCCUCAUCCAGCACGGGAUCCCUCCAGCAGGGGCAUUCAGGGUCUCCUUUACUGCCUGAGGUGUGUGUAGAGACCUGUGAGUCUCUCAGCACCAGCCUGGCCUCCCUGGCCCCCUCCGACCACAGUGACAGUCCACAGUCUCAGACAUUAGAGCAAAUCAAUGCUAUGACGGGGCUUUCGAGAAAGCGGGCGCUGUUCCUGAAGUAUCGUUCCAGGAUUGAUAAACAACAGCACAGUAAAGACUCUGUGUUCUUCCGUGAUGGAGUGCGCAGGAUUGAUUUUGUUCUGUCUUAUGUUGACGAUAAAGAUGGCGAGAGAAGACAGGAGAGGAGGAAGAUAUAUGAGGCUAACUUAGAGAACGUCGGCCUGGAGCUGGAAACAGAAGAUAAAUCAGAGUCAGAGGAUGGAAAGACGUACUUUGUGAAGAUCCAUGCUCCAUGGGAAGUUUUAGCCACUUAUGCGGACGUUCUGAAGAUAAAGGUUCCCUUCAAAGCCAAUGACAUCCCAGACAACAGUGAGAUGCCCAUGAACUGGCUGUCCACCCCAUUUCGCCUUCCUGAGCACAUCAUGCACCCCGAGCCAGACUACUUCACCGCUCCCUUUGACAAGAGCAAGUCUGACUUCUUCCUAAUUGGCAACAAAGAUACCUUCUUCCCUCCAUCAACUCGCAACCGGAUUGUCUACUACAUCCUCUCCCGCUGCUUUUACAUCAAGGAUGAAAGUGUAGACAAAGACAAGAAGGGAAUCAAGAGGCUGCUGAACAACGGCACUUACACUGCUGCCUUCCCUCUGCAUGAUUCGAGAUAUUGGGAAAAAUCAAGGGAUCCCAAUUGUGAAAGCGAAAGAUACACUCUCCACAAGCACUGGGCCAGAUUCUUCUGUUUCUUCAAGGAGCAGCCGCUGGACCUUAUUAGGAAGUAUUAUGGAGAGAAGAUCGGCAUUUAUUUUGCUUGGCUGGGUUUCUACACUGAGAUGUUGCUGUUCGCUGCAAUAGUAGGGACAAUUUGUUUUCUUUAUGGGUUCCUCACCUACGAAAACAACGAGUGGAGCAAAGAAAUAUGCAGCGAGAAAGUCGGGGGAAAUAUUGUCAUGUGUCCUCUUUGUGACAAGAAAUGUAGCUUCUGGAAACUCAACUCAACUUGUAAUUCCUCCUGGCAAUCACACCUAUUUGACAAUGUGGCAACUGUAUUUUUUGCCAUUUUCAUGGGAAUUUGGGUGACGCUGUUUCUGGAGUUCUGGAAGAGGCGGCAGGCCCGUCUGGAGUACGAAUGGGAUCUGGUGGACUUUGAGGAGGAGCAGCAGCAGCUGCAGCUUCGGCCAGAGUAUGAGACCAAGUGCACCAACCGCAAGCUGAACCGCAUCACUCAGGAAACAGAGUGCGUACUUGACAGAACGGCUACAGAUGUACUGGGGAAACUGUUUCUGUGCUGGGCCACCGUGAUCCUCUGGGUAAGAGUGGUGCUCAGCGUGGAAUGCCGGUUUGGAAAUGGAGCCUUACUUACCCAUAACAAGCAAGUGUGCACGAUCAUGUCUGUCAGGAGCCACCGUCCUGUUGUGGGUGAGCACAGAAUCUUUAGUCCAAUCUCAUUGAUCAUUGCCUGCAUCAUUGGGGUCAUAGCGUACCGCCUGGCGGUGUAUGCGGCCUUCGCUAGCAUCAUGAAAGACAGUCCCACCAACAGCCUGGAGGUUGUUGGACCCUACAUCACUCCUCAGCUGGCCACAUCUGUCACCGCCUCUUGCAUCAACUUUGUCAUCAUCAUGAUCCUCAACCUCAUGUAUGAGAGAGUGGCUGUUUGGAUCACUGACUUGGAAAUUCCAAAGACCCACCUGGAGUAUGAGAACAAACUGACAGUGAAGAUGUUCCUCUUUCAGUUUGUCAACUACUACUCCUCGUGCUUCUACGUGGCUUUCUUUAAGGGCAAGUUUGUUGGCUACCCUGGAGAUUACGCCUAUAUGUUUGGAAGGUGGAGCAAACUGAGGAACGAAGAGUGUGACCCAGGUGGCUGCCUCAUUGAGCUGACCACCCAGCUGGUGAUAGUAAUGACCGGCAAACAAGUGUGGGGCAACAUUCAAGAAGCUCUGGUCCCGUGGCUGAUGAACUGGUGGGGCAGCAGGAAGGCCCGGAGCCACCCGCAGAGCCUGUACAGCCGCUGGGAGCAGGACUACGACCUGCAGGGCUUCGGUCAGCUGGGUCUCUUCUACGAGUACCUGGAGAUGGUGAUCCAGUUUGGUUUCAUCACUCUGUUUGUGGCCUCCUUCCCACUGGCACCCCUUUUGGCACUUGUGAACAACAUCAUUGAGGUCAGAGUGGAUGCCUGGAAGCUCACGACUCAGUUCAGACGUCCUGUUGCAGCCAAGGCCCACAGCCUUGGAGCAUGGGAGGAAAUCCUCAAUGGGGUGGCCGUGCUCUCUGUUGUCACUAACGCUUUCAUUGUGGCCUUCACCUCUGAUAUGAUCCCCCGGCUUGUGUAUAUGUAUGCCUACCAGCCAGACGGCAAAAUGAAUAUGAAAGGCUACAUAAACAACAGCCUGUCUGUGUUCAAUAUUUCUGAGUUCAAUGAGCAUAGCAAGCCAGAGGAGGGGGAGAAUCCCUCCUGGUUCAACAGCUCCAUCACCACCUGCAGGUAUCGUGAUUACCGCUACCCCCCUGGGCACGAGAAGCAGUACCUGCACACGAUGCAGUUCUGGCAUAUUUUGGCUGCCAAGCUGGCUUUCAUCAUAAUAAUGGAGCAUGUUGUUUUCAUGGUGAAGUACUUCGUGGCCUGGCUCAUUCCAGAUGUGCCAUCUGAUGUGAGGGCUCGGGUAAAGAGGGAGCGUUACCUGGUCCAGGAGAACAUCCACAACUACGAGGUGGAGAAGCUCAGGCUCCAGCUCAGCCAACACGGCAACAGCGAGUGCACCUGCACGCCGAUGAUCUAUCCGUCUUUAUCCAAACACGAGGUGCUGUCAGAGUGCCUCUAGCCCGGCCAGCUGCUGGUCCGCGGCCGGGACACGUGAUGUAGAUUUCCCUGCUCAUGCAUCCUGAUACCCACCGCCACUCUGCUGUGUUGCCUGAGUUGUUUGCUGAGUAACAUUCACUUUCACUGAAGAGCUCCAGCUUCACUCACUUUUCAGCCAUCUCUCGUCCACUUACCUACCGACAGUGGGAAAGCACAUUUGUCAAAAAACAAGUCUGACAGUUAGAGCCACUUAAAUUUAAUCAUCUUUCCCAAACUUAUGGGUUUCCUGUCUUGUGUGUUGUACUUAUAGAGAUGAGGGUCAUAAAUUGCUGUAAGGAAAGAGGAAAUCCUAUACACUGUGUCUAAAGCUAUCAGCUUACCUAUGUUUUGAUGUAAGACUAUUUAUUAUAAGUGCCACUAUGAGUAACCAAAGACUGGAUGCCUUAUUCUAUCAUACACUUAUCCUUUGAUCUGCAAGUUAAAUACAAUCUUUUUGUACUUUAUGUACUGACAGCAGAACAUGGUAAGUUUAAAAUCAGCAGACCUGGAUCCAUUCUUGCAUAACCACAUAACGCUCCAUUAGGUUCUCCAGGCCACCACCUGACAUGUGAAGACCUUUUUUUAAUUAAGAGAAUUCUGUGCUGCUUUUAUUAAUGUAAGGAUAGAUUUUUGUCCUGCGAUGGCCAGUUGUUCAGCCACAGAAGCAGCAGCUGGAACUUUUAGCGUUGACAGCGUUCCCGCAGCUGAGAGCCAAAAGCUUUGAGAGAGUGAAGAGAUCCCUUUUGGUCCCCGCUGAUGAUGGCCUGUGCCCACUGCUGAGCACUCCGGCCAUCAGCUGCUGCCCCCAGGCUUCCAGCUUCCUCAGCCAUGUCUGUGAUGAGAACAAAAGAUGCACGUUCUCUUUUGAUUUGCACACAGCACUUAAAGAUGCAUGGUUACCAAGAAAUAAAUGUCAAACUAAUUGCUGACGAGUCACUCUGUAUUCAUGACCAGUGUUUGAGAAGUGUACAGCUCUCACCUUGUGACACCUAUGUGUUUUUAAUGUAAAAAAGAAGACAAGAUAUAUCUCAAGUUUGAAAUUACGUGGAUGUUUGAUGUCUCUUGUUGCCUGAUAAAAGAAACACAUGAGAGAUAGCUGUUAUUAAAGGUUUUAGAUACAUGUAAGGGAGCUAAGAGUGUGUGAAACAUGUUUAAAUAUGUGUUUGUUCAAGAUGUUUAGAAGUGACCAUGAAAGUUCACCUCACUGUUCCAGUUUGCCUUAUCUUCACUAUCUUCUGCUGAACCAGUCCCCUCAAUGCCUUAAAACAUGCCUCUAAUACUUUGUUUUAUAUUACUUCUUCCAAAUAUAGUGUAUUUUCUCUGCUGUUGUGCAUUAGUUAUGUUUUAAUUUUGCCAUGCUAAGGGCAAGAAAGGUGAGCCUGUUUACUGUAUGCUCAGUUACACUUUCACAUUUUUAUUCAUUUUGUUCUUUCAUUUUUUUGUAAUUGUCCUAUAUCCAAAUAUGUCAUGUGAUAUGUAACAAAACUAAUAAUAAAGUAAUAAUUCGACUUGUGCA